CCGGAAGUAGACAAAGAAGUACAGUUUGUGUCAUGUGACAGAAAACAGGAAACGAAGAUUUAACAUUCACGUUUCGGAUUUUCACCGUUAAAUAUUAGAUUUUUCAAGAUGAUGCAGUAUCAGGACAUGUUCUUUAACAUCGACCAUGGUUAUCUGGAAGGUCUUGUUCGUGGAUUUAAGUCGGGAAUUCUUAAAAAGGGCGAUUACCUGAACCUUGUACAGUGUGAAACAUUGGAAGAUCUGAAGCUGCAUCUUCAAAGUACAGACUAUGGCAACUUCCUUGCCAAUGAACCAAGUCCCUUGUCCGUCUCCACUAUAGAUGACAAACUGAAGGAAAAGUUGGUGAUUGAGUUCAACCAUCUGCGGAACCACUGUCUGGAACCGUUGGCAACAUUCCUGGAUUAUGUCACGUACAGCUACAUGAUUGACAACAUAAUUCUGCUCAUCACUGGCACCCUUCGCCAGCGACCAAUCAGCGAGCUCAUUCCAAAGUGUCAUCCGUUGGGAAGCUUUGAACAGAUGGAAGCGAUUCACAUUGCGUCCACUCCUGCUGAGUUGUACAACGCAGUUCUGGUUGACACCCCAUUAGCACCAUACUUCAUGGACUGCAUAUCGGAGCAAGAUCUGGAUGAAAUGAACAUAGAAAUCAUCAGAAACACUCUGUACAAGGCUUAUUUGGAGGAUUUCUAUCAAUUCUGCGCAAGUUUGGGCGGGUCUACGAUGGAGUCCAUGUGUGAAGCACUUGCUUUUGAAGCCGACAGAAGAGCGUUCAUCAUCACGAUAAACUCGUUCGGGACCGAACUGUCAAAGGAAGAUCGUGCCAAGCUGUACCCACGCUGCGGGAAGCUUUACCCGGACGGUUUGUCUCUGUUGGGAAAGGCAGAUGACUAUGAUCAAGUCAGGGGCGUGGCAGAAAGUUACGGGCAAUACAAGGCGCUGUUUGAUGGAGCAGGAAAUAAUGCAGGAGACAAGACACUAGAGGACAAGUUCUUUGAGCAUGAGGUGAAGCUGAUGAAGAACUCGUUCAUGAUGCAGUUCCAGUUCGGCGUGUUCUAUGCCUACGUGAAGCUCAAAGAGCAAGAGAAUCGCAACAUCGUCUGGAUCGCAGAGUGCGUUGCGCAGAGGCACCGAGCGAAAAUCGACAGUUACAUUGAAAUCUUCUAAUACAUUCCAGUUUUCCAAGUGGCAAGAGACUAUGUAUAUUAGUUGUUAUACACUAUAAUUUUAAGACAUGUGCGUGAAGUUUUGUCUGGCAAAAUACUUUCUGCUUUGAUAGAAUGUUUUGGUGAAACAUAAUUUCUUCUAAAUAAAAAUUCAGUCUAGGUGGCAAGUGCCGUCCCUGAUUAUCCUGUGCUGACUGCACAGGCUAAUCUAAGACUAAACUUUAGGCAGAUGAAUUGAGCCUGGUUUUCCCAGGGUAAGUGUUCAUGUAAGAGAGACUCUAGUGUAACAGUUGGUGUUGUUUAACCUCAACAAAAAAUAAACUGCUACUUGAAACCAUCAAACACAUCAUAGUUUAUGUAAAAGCAUCAGGCUUGUGUGAAAUGUUGGUGUUGCAUUAUUUGUUUAGCAAUUAAAGUUGUGAGAUAUUAAACAUAUAAAUAUUAUUAUUCUUUCUUUGAUUUUUUUUACAGUAGUUGUCUUUAUUGCGCAUUUGUGAAAAUUCUGUUUCACAUGUCUUGAGCAAAACACAACAUUUAUGAUUAUAUGGUGAAUCUUUAAAGAAAAUAUAUAAGGCAGUCAUUGAUGUUCAUGUUUGUUUUGUUACAAAAUUAAAUUGUAUUAAUAACAUGACGCAUUUUUAUUUUGUUCAUUAUGGUCAAGUCCUUGAUCCCUCAGAAAUCAUAUAAAAACAAAAUAAAAAUAUUUAAACAAAAUUUAUUAAAAAGCUGUCCUGUUUUACCUCAUGUUUAUUUUAUGUGUGUAUGACACUUUGAUAAGAGUGUUGUAGAGAAGACCCUCUUUGUUUAAAUGUUUAUCUAUAUCUAGUCGAUUAAUUAGAAUUUGAACAGAAUUUCUUUAAACUUCAUAAAAUCCAUGAUCCAGUCAACAUUGUUUUAGUGAGGAUAUGGACAUUUUCCGAAUGUACAAUAUGAACUUCAGGUAAAAGCAAUCCAAUGUGAACAUAAAAAGGUAUUCUUCAAAUUUAGUGACAGAAAUUAGCAAAAGCUGAGGAUUGUUUAAUGUCAUCAACUAAAAUGAUUUUUUAUGUACUGGCAAGCGUUUUAAGCAAUAAGAUUACAUAAAUAAUAUUACCUAAAAAUGAAUUAUUACCAUUCAAGAUUUAUCUACAAAUGGAACUGUUCGGUUCCUAUGUUGUUACUUUCUUAACUUUAUGUAUUGUGUGUUUCUUGGAAGUAAUCCACCAUUGAAUGUUUUUCAACCAUGACGGCUGACAAGAUUGGUCAUACUUGUAUUAAUGUUUGGAUUGUAAAGCUCAUUUUUCAUUAGCUUUGAAAGGGAAUGUGUAAAUUAUAUUAUUUAUUCAAGAUUUGUUGUUUUAAUCUAGAAAAUAUGUUGAGAUGUUUUUUUAUUUGUUUUCUAAUAAUAGCUGUUAUUCAAUUAUUAAAAUGUAUUGAUACAGACUAAAGUUGAAUCAUAAACGCAUUUGUUGGAAUAUAGACGAUAUGGUAUAAAUUUAUGUUGAACAUGUGUAUAUUAUUCAUUGAUAAAUAAAAUGAAAUAUUCAUA